UUGGCACAAGCGCGGCGGCGCGGAGCUGCGAAGCUCAAAGUUGGUUUCGUCAUGAGCCUCUCCAAUUCCAUGGCUGCGGCCGGCGGCUUAGCUGCCGCCGCUGCUGCGGUCGCCGCUGCGCUCUGGGUCGCAAAGUUGCAGAAGAGCUUGGCGGCGGUCAAAGAGCGCAAGGAGCAGCUGGCGUGGGAGCUGAUGUCCAUGAGAAACAGCUUCAUGCACUCGGAGUCCGCCUCCAAAAACGGGACCUUCCCCGAGUUCCAGCCGCAGCCCGGGGACGUGGUGAUCUCCACGUACCCCAAGUGCGGCACGACUUGGAUGAUGCAGAUUGUUCAUGGCUUGCGCAGCAAGGGCGACAUGAACUUUGAUGAAAUCACCGAGGUGAGCCCCUGGGACAUCUGUGCAGAGCUGGCGGGCUGGGACUUGAACGCGCCCCAGGGCUUCACUCCGCGGAUGUUCAAGUCCCAUGAGCCCUUUGAGAAGGUGGGCAAGUCAAAGGGCACUGCCCGCGAGGAUGUGGGCGAAGCCAAGUACAUCUAUGUCAUGCGAGAUCCAGCGGAUGCCUUUGUAAGCUUCUGGCACUUCAUGCCCAGCUACAUGGGCCUCCUUCCUGGGGACAUCUCUGCCACCACCUUCUGCGAUGCCAUCUUUGCCGGAACUUCUUGCGCAGGAACCAUUUGGUCGCACAUGCUGGGCUGGUAUCCCGUGCGACAGCAUCCAAAUGUCUUGUUCAUCCACUUCGAGACUCUGCUGGAAAACCUGGAAGAGCAGGUGGCUCUGGUGUCCAAGUUUCUGGGAAUCCAGCUGCCGCCGCCCGACUUCCAAAAGGUGUUGAAGCAGGCGACACACAAGUGGAUGUCGCACCCUGACAACCACCGGUUCUUUGAUGAUCACAUCCUGUGGGCCGCGGUGAAGGAGCGCUCCCACAUGCCGGAGAGUGCCCAGUUCAAGGUCGGCAAAGUCCGCAAGGGCGGCGGCAAGACUGGGGAAUCCAAGGCGCUGCCGGCGCACGUGACCAACCGCUUGCAUGAGAUGUGGAAAGCGACCGUCCAGAAGCAGCUGGGUUUUCAAGACUAUACUGAGCUGCGGAAGCACGUGGAGCGCGAGAACAAGGCGCGCUUUACCACCAAUGGGACGAAGUGAGCUGUCGUGGCUGCAAGAUUUGGGCGCACUGUCUGCGCCAACUGAUGGCUUGAAGAAUCUGGGUCUGAGCUGAGGCAGAAUGGUAUGAUCCCGUAUUGGAGAGCCGGCAGGCGAAUAUCACC